AUGGCUUCUAGUAUUCUGCUUGUGUUCUUCUUAGGACUGGUGCUUCUCAUCAGUCCACUCACUGCGGAUUUCCAUCAUGAGCCUUUCCCUCAACACAAACCACCUAAGCCUGUUGGUGAACCUCCACAGGGAAAGCCAUUUCCAGGUGACAAACCACCUAAACCAAUAGAUGAACCUCCAAAAGGAGAGAAGCCACUUCCGGAAGAUAGGCCAAUGCCCGAACCAAAACCCAAAGGUGAUAAACCCCCUCCAAAGAAUGAACCACCGCAUGACCUUGAUCACCUUGGACAUCGUUUAGAAGAAGAAAGGCCAUUUCCCGAACCAAAACCAAAAGGUAAGAAACCACCUCCAGAGAAUGAGCCCCCACAUAACCCUGAUCAUCCUGGACACCGUUUAUCUGAGGAAAGGCCAUUCCUCGAACCAAAACCAAAAGGCGAGAAACCACCUCCAGAGAAUGAGCCACCACAUGACCCUGAUCACCCUAGACACCGUUUAGAAGAGGAGAGGCCAUUCCCCGAGCCAAAACCAAAGGAUGAGAAACCACCUCCAGAGAAUGAGCCACCACACGACCCUGAUCACCCUGGACACCAAACCACCUCAGAGAAUGAGCCACCACACGACCCUAAUCACCCCGGACACCGUUUAGAAGAGGAGAGGCCAUUUCCUGAACCAAAACCAAAAGGCGAGAAACCACCUCCAGAGAAUGAGCCACCACACAACCCUGAUCACCCCGGACACCGUUUAGAAGAGGAGAGGCCAUUCCCCAAACCGAAACCAAAAGGCGAGAAACCACCUCCAGAGAAUGAGCCACCACACGACCCUGAUCACCCUGGACACCGUUUAGAAGAGGAGAGGCCAUUCCCCGAGCCAAAACCAAAGGAUGAGAAACCACCUCCAGAGAAUGAGCCACCACACGACCCUGAUCACCCCGGACACCGUUUAGAAGAGGAGAGGCCAUUCCUCGAGCCAAAACCAAAGGGCGAGAAACCACCUCCAGAGAAUGAGCCACCACACAACUCUAAUCACCCUGGACACCGUUUAGAAGAGGAGAGGCCAUUCCCCGAGCCAAAACCAAAAAUUGAGAGAGAGAAGCCGCCACAGGAUCCUCAUCACAAGCACCCUCCUACUUGGGAAAAUGCUAAAAAGUUGCCAAGAAAAAUGAAGCCCGAAUUGCCUCGUAGGCCUCCCCAUAAACCUCCAAUGAACUGAGCAUAUAGAAGAUUAGUACCAUGUAAUAUUUUAAGACUAGAAUAAUGGCAUGUUGUGUUUAUCAUGCUUUGCUUACAAUUUCUAGUUAUAUGUAUGUUACUCUCUACUGUGAUUCGCUGUGGUUUUGUAGUCCAUGUGAUUGGAAAGGCACUUGUUAUCGGCGCUUGUUAUGUAUUAUAUUCAGUGGUGCUCUAUUUUAUUACUUUCAUAUUUGUCUUGCU